AUGAGCCGGUUCGUCAAGGCGACGAUCGCAGUCGUCUUGCUCGUCAUGAUCUUCAUGUCCGGCGCAAUGGCGGCCACCAGCUUGGACGCCACCCGGAUCCAGCAGCUGCCAUUGGCGGACGGACUUCUCCAAGGGCCAGAGAGCGUCGCCUUCGACGCCCAAGGUCACGGCCCAUAUAGCGGCGUCUCCGACGGCCGCAUUCUCAGAUGGGACGGUGACAAGACAGGCUGGACCACUUACGCAUACGGCCCUGGCUACGACGAAGACAUGUGCACGGCUUCGAUAUUCCGCCCGGCAACUUCCACGGAGAGUCAGUGUGGCCGGCCGCUCGGGUUGCAGUUUCACCACAAGUCUGGGGAUCUAUACGUGGCCGACGCCUACAGGGGACUCAUGCGGGUUGGUCCUGGUGGCGGGGAAGCCACAGUAUUGGUCAGUGCGGUUGAUGAUAAACCUCUCCGCUUCACCAACGGGGUUGACGUCGACCAGGUCACCGGUCAAGUCUACUUCACUGAUAGUUCUAUGAACUAUGACAGGACGCAGCAUGAGAUGGUGACGAGAUCAGGGGAUUCAACGGGGCGUCUCAUGAGGUACGACCCACGUACCGGUGAUGUGGCGGUGCUUCAAACACGCCUGGCGUAUGCAAACGGCGUCGCUAUCAGCACCGACCGUACGCAUCUGAUUGUUGCAUCUACUGGGCCGUGCAAGUUGAUAAGGCACUGGAUCGAAGGGGCAAAGGCGGGGACGUCUGAGCCGUUUGCCGAUCUCCCCGGCUACCCUGAUAACGUGAGGCCUGACAGAAGGGGAGGUUACUGGGUGGCGUUACAUGGUGAGAAGAAUGAAUUGCCCUCUCGCCCCAAUAGUCAUCUGCUCGCUGUGAGGGUAGGAGCUGACGGCAAGAUACUUGAAGAGAUGAGGGGGUCCAAGCGUGUCAAGCCGGCGGAGGUAGUAGAAAGAGACAAUGGCAAGCUCUACAUAGGUUCUAUUGACUUGCCCUACGUCGGUGUAAUUACACGCAACACAUCGAUGUGGUACCCACCGCUCUCGUCGCCACCGGCGCCUCCCAACGACGACGCCGAACUACGAUUUCAUCAUGGUCUCGAACUCAUCCAAGGUGAGCACCCCGUCUCCGUUGAGAUCCAACCUACGCACCAUGGCGCGGCGUCCCGGCUGGCGCCCAUCUCAGGCCCGCCGGCGAGAUGGUGCGAUGAGAAGCCCGUGUGCACGGCGCAGUUGGUGGUGCCACGGUACAGUCAAAAGAAGUUCACUGGGCCAAAACUGAAGUUCAAUUUUAAAUGGCACUCCGACUGGAAGGAGCUCCCCUCCCGCGUCGCUCCCGUGGGCGACCCAGGAGGAACCCUAGCCGCCACCGCAGCAGUCCCGCUCCCUUCCUCCUCCUCCCCCCGCCGCCGCCGGAGGGCGUUGCCGGGAAAAUCCCGCGCCGGCGGGGACGCUCUCCUCCUCUCGCUCGGAUGGCGCGGCGCGGGGACGCUCCACUGGCGGCGGGGGCUUGCGUGCGGCCUGGGGCGUGCGCCGGCGGUGGUGGCGCUUGGAGGUAGCGUGAGCGGCGCGGUGGCGCGGGCGACGGUGGUCUGGGUCAGCCGCAUCGAUCUGGGGGAGCUCCAUGCCCAGAUCUGGCUCCCCUUGAGCAGCGGCUCACUCGUCCUGCCGGUGCUCCCGGUGGCCGUGUCCGGAGGAUGA